AUGGUCAGGGCAGCGGGAAGCGAGAGCAGCGAGGCAGCAGAGGCAGCAGCAAAACAGUCAAGAAGCAAAUUGAUUAGAGGUGCUGCUGCUUUCUGCUGCCGCCAAGAUAAAGCCCAGCAGCAGCAAGCGACUGCAGCAGCAGCGCCAGCCCUUGCUGCUGCCGGCAGGGGAGGUCCCGCGGCCGCAGCAGGCCCUGUACCAACAGCAGCAGCAGCAGCAGCAGCAGCAGCAAGUGAUGCCUCCUCUUUCAGGGGAGAGUGGAGCCGCGCGUUGUCUGCGGUGCAGUGCAAAUUAGAUGAAUUAAAAACAAAAACAAAAUCCAAAGAAAGAAAGAAAGCAGCAAUAGGCGUGGCCCCACACCCAUACAAGGCGCUCACCAGCAUCGCAUCGUGCAGCAGCAGCAGCAGCAGCAGUAGCCUUAGGUACGCCUGCAGCACUUCCACCACCACCAGCACCAACAGCAUCGGCGGCAACAGCAGCAGCAGCAUCAGCAGCAGCAACAUCGCCAGCGGCAGCAGCAACAUCUGCAGCAGCGAAAUUAGCAGCAGCAGCAGCAGCAGCCUAAGGUAUGUCCCGUCCAACAGUCCCUUUGAAUCUGUGGGAGCUCUUAGCAGCAACGGGGGGCCCCCCAGCCUCACGUCCCCAGCUAUGGGGCUGGUGGCCCCCGCGGGGGCCCCUGUGGGGUCUCUUCCGAAGGGGGCCCCCAUGGGGGUCCCCUCCAAGGGGGCCCCCAAGCUGCUGGAUAGGAUAUAUUACAGCAGCAGCAGUUUGCCCCUCCUUGGCCGUCAUGUCAAGUCCCCUACUGAACCAGUACCCUCUUUUGGGGGCUGCCCUCCCAUGGGGCCCUCCCGGGCCCUUGGGGCCCCCGGGGGCCCCCUGGGAGCUGCGGGGCGUUGCGGGGGCCCCCCUGCGGACGGGCGGGUAGAGUAG